AUGCAUUUUUCUACCGUAGCUACUGGCGCUGCCCUGGUCGGCAAUUCUUUGGCUGCCUAUACCCUCAAGGACAAUUACAUGGACGGUGAUUUCUUCAGCAAAUUCAACUUUGAUACAUUUGACGACCCCACCAAAGGCGUAUCGCAAUAUGUGGAUCAAAGCACUGCGGGCAACAAUGGAUUGAUCUCUCUAGAGAACAACCAAGCUACCAUGCGUGUAGAUGCCGUCACUCCAGGUGGUGAUAAAAGAAGAUCAAUCCGUGUCACAAGCAAGGCAUCCUAUCAGCAUGCUCUGAUAGUUGCCGAUGUUCAGCACAUGCCCUCCGGCUGCGGAACCUGGCCGGCGUUCUGGACUGUAGGAGGUGACUGGCCAAAUCAGGGUGAGAUUGAUAUCAUUGAGGGAUUCAAUAAGGAAGAAUUCAACGCCGCCACUCUUCACACCAGCCAAGGAUGCACUAUCAAGGACGGACUUGGAAAUGGAAAUGGAUUCAAUGGAAAGGUCAAGACUUGGGACUGUUGGAACAAGAACCCCGACCAGUUUGAGAAUGCUGGAUGUGGUAUCCAAGAUCCGAACAAAAGCUCCUACGGCGAGGCUUUCAAUUCCAACGGUGGUGGGGUCUAUGCUAUGAAGUGGACUGAUUCCGAUAUAAGUGUAUGGUUCUGGCCACGUGGAACCAACCCAGGAGAUGCAUUAGGUGAUAGCCCUAAUCCUGGUGGCUGGGGUACUGCCUCCGCUCAAUUCACCGCCGAGACCUGCCCUAUCAGCGAGAAGUUCAAGGAUCAUCGUAUCGUUAUCAACAUUGCGCUCUGUGGUGAUUUGGCCGGCGGUGCCUGGGGCGGGUCGGCAUGCCAGACCCCUCAAGCUCCCACCUGCGCGGAUUAUGUCCUCGGGAACCCAUCAGCAAUGUCCGAGGCUUACUGGACCUUCAAUGCUUUGAAGGUUUACCAGGACGCUGGGGCUCCUGCUGCAAAGGCCUCUGGCAUCGGUGCAGCUGAGAACUUCCCUCGCGGAUUCGAGUGGCCUCAGCCCGAAGAGCAGAACGCCGACCGCCUCGCUCGCCAGGCUCGUGAGGACCGCAAGAGCAACGCUAAGACUGCCACCGAUGCCUGA